AACAAUAGUGAUAAAGUAAUAAGUCGUCAAGCGACUAUCAACAUUGGUACUAUUGGGCACGUAGCUCAUGGAAAAUCGACACUUGUAAAAGCAGUUUCUGGUGUUCAUACUGUGAAAUUCAAAAAUGAACUUGAGCGUAAUAUAACUAUUAAAUUAGGAUAUGCAAAUGCAAAAAUCUAUAGGUGUUCGAACGAAGAAUGUCCUCGACCUGGAUGUUAUAGGUCGGCUGGUUCAAGUACACCUGAUAAAUUUCCUUGCCAAAGACCUGGUUGUGGUGGUGAAUUUAAAUGUGUUCGCCAUGUAUCUUUUGUCGAUUGUCCUGGCCAUGAUAUUCUUAUGGCAACUAUGCUUAAUGGUGCUGCAGUGAUGGACGCAGCUUUAUUGCUUGUUGCUGGCAAUGAAUCGUGCCCACAGCCGCAAACUUCCGAGCAUCUUGCUGCCGUAGAAAUAAUGCAGUUGAAGAAUCUUUUAAUUCUUCAAAAUAAGAUCGAUAUUAUUAAGGAAAGUCAAGCAAGGGAACAAUACGAUCAAAUCAAGAGUUUUGUUCAAGGAACUGUGGCUGAUGGUGCACCAAUCAUUCCAAUUUCUGCACAGCUCAAAUAUAAUAUUGAUGUCGUUUGCGAAUAUAUUUGUAAAAAGGUGCCUGUACCAAUUAGAGAUUUUACUUCUCCAGCUCGACUUAUUGUGAUUCGUUCUUUCGAUGUGAAUAAGCCAGGUUCUGAAGUUGAAAAUCUGAAAGGAGGUGUUGCUGGUGGUUCAAUACUUAGAGGUACAUUAAGGAUUGGGCAGGAAAUAGAAGUUCGACCUGGUAUCGUUUCAAAAUCGUCUGAUGGACGUGUGCAGUGCAGACCAAUUUUUUCUCGCAUCGUCUCAUUAUUCGCGGAACAGAAUCAAUUGGAAUAUGGAGUUCCUGGAGGUUUAAUUGGAGUUGGAACAAAAAUCGAUCCAACAUUAUGUCGCGGUGAUAGACUCGUUGGUCAUAUUUUGGGUGCAGUUGGUACUUUGCCAGAUAUUUUCACUGAAAUCGAAAUUGCUUAUUAUUUAUUACGUAGAUUACUUGGAGUACGUACUGAAGGCGGGAAGAAGGCAGCAAAAGUACAGAAAUUAGGCAAAGGAGAAAUUUUGAUGGUGAAUAUUGGAUCGCUAUCAACAGGUGGACGUGUAAUUGCUGUAAAAGGUGAUGCAGCGAAAAUCUCACUAACUGAUCCAAUAUGUACUGAAGUUAAUGAAAAAAUAGCCCUCUCUCGACGGAUAGAAAAACAUUGGCGUUUAAUCGGUUGGGGAACGAUUCGACGAGGAGUUACAAUCAAACCAACUUUGUCAACUUAA